AUGUCCCACCUGGUUGCGGACUGGGAGAACACGGACAUUGAUGCGCACAAGCACAACGUCAACACUAUCAAAUGGUUCUGCUCUGUCCCUUUUCCAAACCCAGAGAAUGAGGAGGAAAGAAAGAUUCAGGAAUCUCCCAGAGGAGUGAUGUGUAGCCUUGUCAAUCAGCUUCUGCGGGUCAUUUCUGAUAAGUUUCCCGGAUUCAUCCUAUCAAGUUCAUUCUUGGACCACAAAGACUUUGCUGAUCGUCCCAAAAAUCGAGAAAUCGAAGCUUUAUGGGAGGUUUUCGGUUGCCUGGUGGUCGAGCUCCCCUGGGGGGCUGAUGUGAUGUGUGUGAUCGACGAGAUCACCACUUACGAGACCAGUGAUCUUAAAGAAGAUCUGGAUUUCAUUAUCGGUCAACUGGUGAAAAUGGCAAUAAGACAGUCGGGGGAGCCAAUCGCAUUGAAGUUCAUUGUAAAGUGCCAGACAACUGCUAAGGGGGUUCGUGAGCACUUCGAGGAUAGCAAGUACUCCAAGGACAACAUCAUUGAUGGGUAG